UCGUUAUUUUUAGAUCGGUUCUCGGUAGACGAGUCAACGUUGGUCAUAAUCAGCUCGAAGAAACAAGGCAAAAAGACGCAAACAAGAUGGCUACUACCAAUCAUUCAUUUCCAGUUUGUUUAUUUCGAACCGAUACAUUCUUAACCGUCCUUGCAUCGUUUGCUGAGGAUAGAGAGUUUCGUCUAUUAGCUACAAUUCCUGCUGCAGUUUUAUCUCCAUUGAUAGUUUGUAGUAAUGGUCUCGUAUUAGUAUCCAUAGUCAGGGCUACUCUACCAAUCAAGACAUCAACCAUUUCUCUCAUUUGUUGUUUAUUAUGUUCUGACUGUCUGGUUGGUAUGGUCUUCCUUCCUUUGUACGCUACGUGGACCAUGAAAGAUCACGCUUUGAGGUCGUGUGCGAUAACUGGAAGCUUACUGUUCGUAGGUUGGUUUAUCACAACCAUCUCGUUCCUGACUAUCAUUGCAGUAAGUUGUGAUAGAUACAUUGCAUUAUUUCAUUCCUUUAACUAUAAAUCCAUUGUUACUUCCACAAGAACAAAAAAGCUUAUCUUUGCAAUAUGCCUGUUUUCCGCUGUUCAAAGCAGUAUGUCAUUACACCACUACCUUGCCUUGGCUCAGUACGUUUUACUUGGUUGUCUGCUCGUGUUUGGGUUGUUUGUCCUCGUGUUUGCGUACACGAGGAUCUUUAAACUAGUACGUCAUCAUCAUCGUCAAAUUAAUUCACAUCAGGUCGUUCAAAAUGAUCGUACACGUCAAACUAAACUCGCUAUAACCAUGUCGUAUGUCAUCGGUGUUACAUUACUUUGUUAUAUGCCAUUUGGUAUCGCUUUAGCGGUUCUCUUGGUGCAAGGCAAAUUCUCAAACACCUCAUUCAAGUUUUUCCACAUCAGCGAAUUGUUCUUUUGCAUAAGUUCUCUAUGUAAUCCCGUAAUUUACUGCAUUAGAAAUCUUGAGAUACGAACUGCAGUUGUUGUACUUAUAAGAGAUAUGAACCUGUUUGAUGACACUAAGCAAAAUGACCACCAUAAGCCAACAUCUCCUGCAACAAUCACACUGAAAAAAGACCCCACCCCAGCACAGAGUGCUGUAAUGGUCGAAAUAUCCUGAAAAAAUACAUGGCUAAUGGCAAUUGUCAGAGUAAUGAACCUUUUUUAAUGACACUAAGCAAGAUGACCACCAUAAGCCAACAUCUCCUGAAACAAUCACACUGAAAAAAGACCCCACCCCAGCACAGAGUGCUGUAAUGGUCGAAAUAUCCUGAAAAAAUACAUGGCUAAUGGCAAUUGUCAGAGUAAUGAACCUUUUUUAAUGACACUAAGCAAGAUGACCACCAUAAGCCAACAUCUCCUGCAACAAUCACACUGAAAAAAGACCCCACCCCAGRACAGAGUGCUGUAAGGUCAAAAUAUCCUGAAAAAAAUAGUUUUUAAACUAGAAAAGUUUUAACUUUUAAAAACUUUUAGGGUAGGAAAAAGUGAUUGGUAGAACAAGUAGUCGGGUAGAACAGAUUGCAGUAGGUCUGAAAUACUAGAUACUUCUUCAGCAGUGUGAGGACUAAGCAACAUCCUAAAGAGACUAAAGACAUGAAAUAUGUGCACGUUAGAUAUUGCUUUGUUACAUAUUGAUCAGCGGACGACUUCAAAACACUUGCAUGUUUUGAAUUGCUGCAAUCAUUGCUGCACUGUUUAGAAAAUAUACAGAUACGAUGAAGAAAUACACGAAUGCCCUUACUAAUAAUACAAUUGUCAACCGGUUUCAAUCAAUAUGGCGGACUCAUCUCUCACGCAAUUUUAAAAGGAAACAGGACAGAACCACGAAGCUCGUAGAGAACUAGAAGAAGAAGGGGACCAUGCAUUUACUUUAGCAGUUUUUACUUCUACUUGGAUUGACUGGUAAAAGGCCAUUAAGCAAAUAUAUAAUUUCGCCGAGUAUAAAUACAAUUUGCUGAUGAGCUGAGAGUUAUGCAAGCACAUUCCAAUAGUUGCUCUUUUCUCCAUGUCGCUUGUUUCUUCUCUUGCUGUUGUGUUUCCUGUCAAGGCUAUCUUAUCACAGAUGUCAUGGAUGCUUCUUCGCCAAAUUUGGUCUCAUUGUUACUGGAAAUACUCUAGAGAAUCAACCCAAUAUUGAAUAUUACAAACUCAGUGUUGAUGUGAAUAUCGAAUGCUUUCCAUACAUGUAUAAGCCCUCUUCGCUCAUUUCCCAGUAUUUCAGGGUACCCAUUUUCAUGUCCAAACACCUGUUUGGUGAAAUUAUAGAUAGAGUUGUGUAAAAAGAACKGACUGACUAAACAAUCAAUGCAUGUAACCUACUAUAUAUGCUAGUAUGCAGUAAAAGAUCAGUUUCUACAAACAACAGUGAUUAACGGAUUAAACGAUGUACACAACAAGACUGGCUACAAAUGGCUUCUAUCUAUUAAUUAGGUUUGACUAAAUAAAGUCUUUAAUCUGAUUGUUUUGAUAGAGACGCUGU